AGAAAGGUUCCGGUCUGUGCUUCAUGGUGCUCCUUUGGUAUAAAACAACGAAUCAAACGGUAAAAAAAAACUGUGAAAUUGUCGGUUCAUUUUGACAUACAACAAUAACAACAAACUGAAUUGUGUGUAGAAGGUGCGGGGUUCCCUGACCGCACUGCCAACUAGUUUUAGUGGAGGUCCCAACAACGCCCGGUGCCACUGCGCGCUCUGCUGACGCAACCACGUCGCUGUGGCUCAAUGCGAUGGCGGACCGCAAUGUCCCCAGACCUGCCCAGAGAGGGACGGAGCAAAGUCACUGAGCCACUCUCACCGGCUCCCUUAAACUGACUACCUGUUAAAGAGAGGCCGCUGCCAUUGCCGUCCCUCUCGUGAAUUAGUAUGUGGGACGGGAUCUGCUCGGAGUGCACUGACCGGGACGAGCCAGAAGUGGAGUGAAGAGGAGCAGAGUGCGCCGGGCUGACGCACCGCAUGUUGAGCGAGCAAGUUGACUGAAAUAACAAAAGUCGCGUCGACGAGGAAGGGGACAGCCGCUCUUGGAUUUAACGGAGAUUCAAGGGGAUAGUUGAUAAUUUCUACAAUUUAAAAAUGAAAUUCGCGGAGCAUCUUUCGUCCCACAUUACUCCAGAGUGGAGGAAACAGUAUCUUCAGUAUGAGGCAUUCAAGGAUAUGCUGUAUGCUGCCCAGGACCAAGCCCCGUCCAUAGAAGUCACAGAUGAAGACACAGUGAAGAGAUACUACGCUAAGUUUGAAGAGAGGUUUUUCCAGACCUGCGAGAAGGAGCUUCUGAAAAUCAACACAUUCUAUUCAGAAAAGCUUGCUGAAGCACAGAGACGUUCUGCCACGCUGCAGAAUGAGCUGCAGUCUUCACUGGACGCUCAGCGCGAGAGCAACGCUCCGCCCGGCCUGCGGAGACGCAAGACGAUGUUCCACCUGUCACAGGAGGAGCGCUGCAAACACCACAACAUCAAGGACCUGAAGCUAGCCUUCAGCGAGUUCUACCUCAGCCUCAUCCUGCUCCAGAACUAUCAGAACUUGAACUUCACUGGUUUCCGUAAAAUCCUGAAGAAACAUGACAAGAUCCUGGAUACUUCUCGCGGAGCCGACUGGCGUGUGAUUCAUGUUGAGGUGGCACCUUUCUACACCUGCAAGAAGAUCACGCAGCUCAUCUCCGAGACUGAGACCAUCGUCACCACAGAGCUGGAGGGAGGAGAUCGUCAGAGGGCCAUGAAGAGGUUGAGAGUUCCUCCACUGGGGGCAGCUCAGCCUGCUUUGGCCUGGACGACCUUCCGUGUGGGUCUCUACUGCGGCUUCUUUAUCAUUCUCGCUAUCGCCUUCGUCCUUACUGGUGCUGUGUUCUUCCGCUUCGAGAACGUGUGGCCACUUGUGCGGAUCUAUCGGGGAGGUUUCCUGUUGAUCCAGUUCCUCUUCCUGUUGGGCAUCAACACUUACGGAUGGAGACAGGCUGGAGUCAACCAUGUCCUCAUCUUCGAGAUCAACCCCCGAAACAACCUCUCACACCAACACCUGUUUGAGAUUGCUGGAUUCCUGGGUGUGUUGUGGUGUCUCAGCAUCCUCUCCUGUCUCUACUCAGAGUACAUCUACCUCCCCAUGCAGAUCAACCCGCUCAUCCUUUAUGGCUUCAUGGUGCUCUUCCUCCUCAACCCCUUCAAGACCUGCUACUACAAAUCACGUUUCUGGCUUCUCAAGCUGCUGUUUCGUGUCUUCACAGCACCGUUUCACCGGGUGGAGUUUGCAGACUUCUGGCUGGCUGAUCAGCUCAACUCUCUGGUGUUUGUUCUGAUGGACCUAGAGUAUCUCAUCUGCUACUACAUCUUUGAUCUGCAGUGGAGCAACAGCAAGGGCCUGCUGCCCGAGUUGAAGGACUCUGAUGGCCAUGUAUGCCACAGCUACUCUUACGGACUGCGUGCCAUCAUCCAGUGUCUGCCCGCCUGGUUCCGCUUCAUACAAUGCCUGAGGCGUUACCGUGACACCAAGAGGGCCUUCCCUCACCUGGUGAAUGCUGGGAAAUAUUCAACCACCUUCUUUGUCGUCACCUUCGCUGCGCUCUAUGCCACACACAGAGAGCAAGGACACACGGACGCCGACAUGUUCUUCUACCUGCUGAUCGUGUUCUCCAUUAUCAGCUCCCUGUACACACUGAUCUGGGAUCUGCGCAUGGACUGGGGCCUGUUUGACCGCGGAGCUGGAGAAAACACCUUUCUCAGAGAAGAAAUUGUUUACCCACACAAGGCCUACUACUACUGUGCUAUUAUAGAAGAUGUGAUCCUGCGUUUUGCCUGGACGAUCCAGAUCUCUCUGACCACAAUGACCAAGAUCCACUCUGUGGGUGACAUCGUAGCCACCGUGCUGGCUCCCCUUGAGGUCUUCAGGCGUUUUGUGUGGAACUUCUUCCGUCUGGAGAACGAGCACCUGAAUAACUGUGGUGAGUUUCGUGCUGUGAGGGAUAUCUCCGUGGCGCCGCUCAACGCUGACGACCAGACGCUGCUGGAGCAGAUGAUGGACCAGGACGACGGCGUCCGGAACCGCUCAGGCAAGAAGACCUGGAAGAGGUCCUACAGCCUGUCGCUCCGACGCCCCCUACUAUCCUCACAGUCGAAAAAGGACACAAAGGUUCUAAUUGAAGACACGGAUGAUGAGGCUUUCAGCUGAGUCCACAACGUCAGCACGUACACACACAAACACAGCCAUACUAUACUUAUAAGGACCUCCUUCACUAACACCCAACCUCGACCCUUCUCUAGUGUAGUGAUAAGAGUAGUGACCCCCCCACCCUCAGUCUAAACCUUUAAAGCAGUGAGGACCUCAGACUGUCCUCACUUUGGACAAUUUACCUCAUCUUUACAUCCUCAUGAGUAUAUUUGGUCUUUAUAAGUAUAGAGAAACACAGUCAGUACACACUAUAAUGCAAACACACAUAAAGAAAAACCUGCUAAAGCACAAACAUAGUGUAAUAUUGCUACAGUUGAGAAGAGAGCUAAUGCCACACACACACACACACACACACACACACACACACACACACACACACACACACAGACAGAUGGACAGACGUCAAGGGAAAUCUUCUGCACAUAAGUGGAAACAGAGCACACUGCCCCGGGAUUAUCGGCUUCUUUUUUUAAAGGACUUUUUUUUUUAAGUAUGUGUUUCAUUUGUGUUUCUUUAGAUUUUUCUUGAUUUUUUUUCUGGAUUUAUUUUGGAGAAGCUGCAUAGAGGACUGUUUACUCACCUUUUUGUAACUACUCUAGGAUCAACAGGGAGAAGACAAGCCAAUCAAAAGACUCAAUCAAUAGAAACCUGAGGAAGGACUCAACACAAAUCACAGCAUAUCAAAAACAAAUCAACUGGUUUCAACUUGUUGAUUCUUUUUCUACUUUUAUUUUUUGGUUGAGUUGUAAUAACGUCCGUGUACAAUAACAACCUGGAGGCACUUGCAGGAAAAGUGCAUUUAAUACACAAAACACGAAAAAAAACCCACAAAAAGCAAUGUUUUGAUUCAAACAUUUCUAGUCUGUGAAGUUGCUUUGUAAUAUAUUUAAUAUAUUUUGAUGUGCAUUAUUACUCUGUUGUAGUUGUUAAGUACUUCUACAUGUGUUGUUUAUACUAGUAAGAAUAGUUUGAGCAUCCACACGAUGAUUGUUAAUGUAUUUUAUAAAGUUUGGUAUGUUUUUUCUUGGUUGGACUUGUGCCACGUUUUAAAUAAGCUCAUAGUUAGACCUUGAUUUAUCCCAGACCUCAAAUUAGUGCAAACCGACUUCUGAAUCAUCGUGUCUCAUGUCAUCUUAAAGUGCCCUAUUAGCUACAGUAUGUGCAUUGCUAUUUUUUUGCAUUAACUACCAAAGCUUUCUUUUUAAGAAUGUGUCCAUCCAACCUGCACAAAGCUUGUUUAAAGAUUGUUCUUUUACAAAAGUACACAUUUUUAACAGGUAGGUUCCGUCUUGUUGAAAAUCCCAGUAAUAUGUGCCAACAGCUCCAAAUGUUACCUUCAAAAGUGCAUAUGCCAGUGGUUCUCAAACUGGGAGUGGGACCAGGGGGGCAAAUGUACGCUUUUUUAAAAAAAUUGAAUGAAUCUGAUUAAUGAAUGGUUACAAUAACCAAACAAGACAGCGCCGAUGCUAACAAGGCUAAGCUAGCAAGAUGUAUUCAGACAGCAAAACGACAUGUAAAGUACAAGAUCGAUCCAUGUUUGACCAGAAAGAAAAUCAAAUAGGAAAAGGCUCAUCUUGCUCCAAUGUUUACUAUCAAUACAGCAGGAGAGCCUUUGUGGUCAACAUGUUAUUGCAGUGAAAUUCAGAUUGGACCAUUUUGUUACUAGUUUUUCCAAUAUCAACAGAAUUCUUUUCACCUUUCAAAGUGGGCAAUGACAGAAAACGUUUGUAGAACCACCGCCAAAACACACUUCACGGUCACCAGACACCCUGACAAAAGCUCAGUGUUGCCAGAUCGGGCGGUAGUGUACCCAGUUGAACUACUUUUUAUUUAAUUGUGCACAUAAAAUGCUUUGUCGAUAAUUUGAGCUACUUUUUGUACCAUAUGGGUUCCUUCCUCCAACAAAAACUUGCGCUAUGACCAAAUGAUUCAGCCUCUUUUGAUUUGGGUUCACCCAAUUAUACUUAUAAAACAGAAUGCACAUGGACAGAAAACCUCAUAAAUCUUCAUCCAUCUGAAACAAAACAAUCGGGCGAAUUUUAUGACGAUUGGGCGACUUUAAAGCUCCCAUUAAGUUAUUACUUGGUGGCAGUCAAAUCUGGCAAAACUGCAAAAGCUCUUUCAAGGCUCUUUAAGCGUUAAUAAUCUCUGACAUGUUUCACAGCUCCUGAAACAGUCAGGUUUCAGCACAUUCAGCGAUCCUGUCACCAGAUAAAUGUUUGUUUGUUUGUCUCUAAUGUUGCCUUGAUUAUUUUAGCACUUUUAUAUAAAAAAAAAAAAAAAAAAAAAACGAUUUCAAGGGUUGUGAUUUGUUAGAUCAAAUGUUGUCUACUAAUCUUGGAUAAGUAAAAGUGGGUAACAACCAGGAGAAAUGUGCUGUACAGCUGACAUCCACUAUUUGCCCCCUCUGCUUAUUUUCAAACCAGCAGCUCACACUUACAGAACUGUUAUUAUUUUAAAGGUGUGUUGCUGCUGCAGUUAAAGGGCCCCCUGGCUUUUAAAGAAAGGAUGUUCAUUUUAAUUCUGGUUUGUGGGUUUCUCUUCUUGUUUGACCCCCUCACUUUGCUCUCCGCUCCACUGUUACUCCCUGUGGCUACACUGUGUCACCCUCCGCCAGUCGCGAGACGAAGCCCAGAGAGCUACGAGACAAAUGUGUGACAGAAAGUCCUGUUUCUUCUACUUCUGUUUUUCCCAUAGCGGCGAAAAGGCUGAAAAGCAUCUGUGUGCAAUGAGCUUAAUGUGAACUAGAAAGCUAGAAAGUUCAAAAACAUGUUGAAAUGUAGAAGAUGGGUAGCUUCCCGAUCCAUUUAAAUACACUGGACACACACACCAUAACUGUAUACAGGCAUAACACACGGCACACAUACACACAACCCACAUUGCCUCUCACUUUUGUGUCGGAGAGCACAACUCUACAGCAGAUAGUUUUGUAAAAAGGCUCUGUUGUCUUGCCUGCAUGCUGCUUUAGUUUCACAUUGUACAUAGGUCUUAAUUUAUUUGACGUGUAUAUUAGCAAUCAUUGUAGCCACUGUGACAAUGAUUGAUUUCAUACGUUGCCAUUUUUGCUCCAAGACAAGCAGUAUUUUUUAGGUGAUGAGGAGCUAUUGUUGUUUUGUUUUUGACUGGUCACGAUCCUGCACUCUUUUCAUGUGUAAAUCUGUUGACAAUGUAUUUGUAUAUGAAUAGAAAAGAAUCCAUAGAACUGGAGAAUGUGAUUGGUUGUAUCUUGUUGGUGAUUCCUUCUUUUUUCAAGGCUUUGCGUCCAGGGCUCAUGGAGGAGGUGUGAGGGGCACAUUACUGUCUCCUGAAGCUGUAAAACAGUUUGUACAUUUGUGAAUGUGCAUGCAAAUAUUGUGGACGUUACAUCUGUUGUUGUAAACCGCCCUGCUGGCAGCACUUUGACAUACUGUAGGGCACAGGAACAGAGAUAACCCACACCAUGACAAUAUACUGUUAAACUGAUCCCAGAUCUACCUGAGCUUCUCUUGAAUUAUCUCAUGAACAGAUCCAGGAUCUUUAUCGGAAGCGUUUUUGAGAUGCUUCUCUGUGAGUUUUAGUGGCCAGUGUCUGUUCACAGAUGUUCAGUAUGUGUAACCCAAUGACAAAAAACAAAAACAGGGUUAUUUUGUACAUUUAGUGUUUGAGAUGAUCCUCAGCCCUGACAUCCCAUGUUUAUCAUGGGUGAUUGUGUUUCCACUGCUUGCUGAAACCCCCAUGCUGUUAAAGUGCUUGAUACGUGUCCACCCCUCCCUCUCUCUCGUGAUGUUGUUCGUACCCUUUCUCUAAUCUAGCGGAACGUGAUAGUCCUGUAGUUUGGUAGAUGGAUGUUCUACUUUGAUAAGAUACAAAAAAAAUAUAAUAGAAUAAAUACAUUGUGGCUAAAUGUGAUUUUAAGAGACAUAAAGAAAGAAAAAUGUCUGACCCAUCCUCCCCGAGUCCCUUUUACAGAGUAGUUUGUACAUGUCGAGUGUAUAGCACCGUUCUAUGAUGGUUUUCCUGAUGGUAUUUGUAUUUCUGUAUACACUUUGGUGAUCCUGUCAUAUCUGGGUUUUAUAAACCACGAUUAUUUUUAAAACUC